CAGUCUAUCCCGUUUUCCUUCUUGUAUACUCUCGUGCUGCUGCCACCUACAUUCCUGUCCUCAACGGCUCUCGUGAGAGUGCAGUGCUUCGUGCGCGACGAACAAGUCAGAACUGCUUGUUUGUGCCCUGGUUCAGCCUUUCAAGUUCUACGCGGGCACGCUGAGCGUUGUUGUUGCCCAUUGCUGCGCCACUGACAACGCAAACCUUCACACAUUGACAACCGCCGCGCUUCCUGUAUCAACACGUCGACUACUUACUACUAUCCUGGACGGGAGACAUACCAAUGUCGGACAUCAUAGAAAUCUCGUCUUCUCCUGAGUCCUCCUCUUCGCGUCCAUUGCGGCGCAAGCGCAUGCCACUCUUCCUCCCAGAACGUGAGGAACAAGAAAUUAUAGAAAUCACAGACUCGGAUUCGAGCACGCCGCGCAAGAGACGCAAGCUUGAGCACGGAAAUGAGCAGCCCCAAGCGGGGCCUUCGAACGCAAUCAACCCACAGGCGGCCACGCCUGCGCCACGACGCGGAUCGACACGACGCGGAUCGACACGUCCGAAAACACCCAGCACAUCGAAGCAGCCAGCCGUGGGACGUGCGGACGAACAAAUCACUGCGGCCUCCCAGGUGCAAUUGCCAGAACGUCUGACUCCUCCAGAUUUGCCGCCUCCGCGCGAGCCUUCGCUACAGUCCAUCGUACUCGAUGAAGAGCCACCUCCGAGUCCAGAGCCCGAAGACCCCUUCCAGCUCUGUCUCGCUCAGGUGCACGAAAUCGUCCCGGAUGUUCUCCCUGAGUACGUACUGCAACUCAUCCAGACGUUCCAAGAAAAGGGCGAUCUGGUGGGCGAGGUCCUUCACGCCCUUUUUGAGGACCCGACGUAUCCGAGAAUAAACUCCAAAGGUAAAGCCAAGGCAGUUCUCCCCGAACGGAAGGCUCCCUCUGCACAAGCAACUACCGGGGAGAUUGACUUUUCCCGAGUGGAUCGAGAUCGUAACGGUGGCCCCGUCUACGUAGAGCUAGCUAGAGAGCAACUAUACGUUGACUUUCCUGAUAUUCCACAAGUCCACGUCAAUGCUAUGCUUGCCGUGCACCUUAACCUCUACGCCCCUGCAUACCUCUAUCUUCAGAAGGAGCGGCGGGGCGCAAAGCUGCCCUACGUUCCAGAACUGCCGAAAAAUCGAAAGCGCAGAGUGAGUGCGAAGAAAAAAGGGAAGCGGAAGGCAGCCCUGCACGAUGCUGAGUUCCUGCGAGAGAGAACCUGGCUUCUUGCAAAAUUGGCGCAGGACGCUGCCAACAUCGGCAAAGAACCGGCGGUUGGGGAAACGAGUGCGCAAGAGAUCGUCGAAGAAGUGGACGGGAUCGAGUGCGGCUGUUGCUUCACGGAGUACCCAUUUGACCAGAUGAUCCAAUGUGAAGACGCCCACCUGUUCUGCAACGAAUGUGUGAUCUCGUAUGCGUCGACCAAGCUCGGCGAGCACAAUCCAGAUAUGUGCUGCAUGGACCAGUCCGGCUGCAAGCUUCCUUUUCCCGACUCGGAGCUGCGCCGCAUCCUACCUGAGAAGUUGCACAGCCUGUAUGAACGUGUGCGUCAACAGCGAGAGGUCGAGGCAGCCUGCCUCGAGGGCCUGGAGGAGUGCCCGUUCUGCGAGUUCAAGGCUGUCCUGGAGGUCGACGUGGAGAGCGACAAGCUGUUCAGAUGUCAGAACGAGGAAUGUGGGAGGGCCAGCUGCAGGAAGUGUAAAAAGGAGGAUCACACGCCGAAAAGCUGCCAAGAGAUGGAAGAAGACAAGAAGUUGGACGGCAAGCAUGCCAUCGAGGAGGCAAUGAGUCGAGCCCUCAUGCGAAACUGUCCUAGUUGCAAGAAAGGGUUCAUCAAGGAGUCUGGGUGCAACAAGAUGACAUGUCCCAAUUGCCGUACCUUGUCAUGCUAUGUCUGCCGGGAGGUCGUUUCCGGUUAUGAUCAUUUCCAACAGACUAAUACCAACGGCCAGCCCCUGGCAGGAGCUUCCACGUCGACGAAGUGUCCACUAUGGGACCCCGUUGAAAAGAGACAUGCUGACGAGGUGGCGGCGGCGGCGAAGAAAGCGCUGGACGACUACAAGCGCGAUCACCCUGAUAUCGAAGAGGAUGAGAUCAAAGUCGACCUGCCGCCCCCUCCCGCCGGCGCUGCAGGCCUGCUUUUCGGCGCUGUAGGCGUGCAGAACCAUGCACACGCGCCCCCUUACCAGCACCUCAUGCAGGCCGCCGCCCCAGGCAUAGCGCGGAUGCCAGCGCCGCCUCCCCAGCCGCGCGCGCCCCCUGUCGGGCCCCAACACUUCUGGCACAUAUUCCCGGCCAACCCGGAUAUUCAAGUCCUGCAGCGGCCUCUGCAGGAGGGGCAGCAGGCGGACGUGUUAAUUCAGCAGCAACAGCUGGAGCCAGCGCAUCUGCGUCAGCUGGAGCAGCAUCGAGAGGUGGUGCGACAAAGAUUGCAGGCGCAGGUGCAGGCGCAGGCGCAACGGCAGGCGCUUCACAGGGAAAGGCAGGAAGCAUUGGCGCAAAGACAGCAGCAAGCCCCGGCAGAGCAGCAGGCACGGCAGGCACAACAACAGAUACAGCUGCAAAUGCAGCAGCUAUUGAUGGAGCGAGGGCAGGCAGCGAUGAGACAGGCGCCUGCUCCGAUCGCCGUAGCACCCAAGGCCGUCAGACGCAAGCAGCAGUGAUGUUGAUAUAUAAUUUACUUGAUAAUGGCCUUGGGGGGCUCGUGUUCAUUUAUAGAGCUUGUAUAAUCGGAUCGCCACUCUGACAAUCCUGAAAUUGUAAUACGCGGUACUCAAGGAACACGUACGGUGA